AUGGAAGCCGGAUACGAGGCCCGACAGAGUCCAAUUUCAAGCUAUCUCCAAGAGAAGCUUUUGCGAGAGCGAAAAGUUGAGCUUGAUAACAAGUCGGUGUCCUCCGGAAGGACUUCGAAUGAUGCUCAUACACAAGGCUCACCCUGCCGAAGAGAGGGCUUCGAUCCCCGUCGACCAAUGUCGAGUGGAGGGCCGGAUGCGCCGACGAAGAAGAAGGGUAUGGGCGUCAAGGAGAUGGAACAGGUGUCCGCUAACGUAAUGGGUUCGCAGACGGUGUCAACACUACACAAGCAGAAUUUUGACUUGAAACUCGAAUUGUACCACCGAAGGGAGCGGCAGACUGCGCUCGAAGACGAAUUGACCAGGAUGAAGGAUGACAGUGCGCAACUUACUGAGCUGAAUGACCGCUUGGUUGAGGAGCUGGAGAAGCGGGAUAAGGCAGUGGAAGAGGCAGUCGCGAUGAUUGUGUUAUUAGAGGCACAGGUUGAGACGCUUCUGAAAGAGCGCGAGAUGGUCCGACGUAUCGAAACUCAAACGCCCUUUGGCCACAUGAGUAGCCCCUGA